AACAGCAGCCUUUCUGAUCUGUUAAGUCCUCUGGGAAUGACAUUGGAAUCCUUUGAUGGAAAUGUUCAAGGGGACUGUGCCUGUACUUGUGCUUUGUCCUGGCGUGGCCCCUCCGUUUGGAAGAGAAGUUGGAGUGUGACAUCAGCCUGUAUGUGAGUCAUGGGCGGUCCACUGAGGAUGGCUACUUUAGGCGCAGAAUCUGCCCCUGGCGACAGCAGAAAACUGGACAACACCAAGCAACAGAUGUGACAAAGGAGACCUGUAACAGAGAACUAACAAGCUGCUGUAUCAGAGGAAAAGAAGUAAAGAAGAAUCUCUUCCAUCUCCUUUGUGUUCAUUGUGAGAGCAUAAAGGGAAGGCCUUGGAUUAGAGUCCAAAAAGGAGCCACACCUCUUCACAAAUAUAUCUGCAUCCUUGCAUUCUCUUCCUUCUUUGCAAUCCUCAGCGGCUAAUCCAUUUGCUCCUCACCAUCUCGCACUAUUAUCUCCGCCUGCCAUGGACCGCUCGACGCGGGAACUGUUCCUCAACUUCAUGAUUGUGUUAAUCACUGUGCUGCUGAUGUGGCUGCUGGUGAAAACUUACCAGGACUGAAGAAUGGAGUGCCAAAAAAAGAUGAGCGAGAGGCAGAGGGGAUUAUAGGAGAUGGAGAAAUAUGUGAGGAGGGAGGCCAGAAUGUGAGACUUUGCUAGGGGCUGAAUUUUGCUCAGAUAUAGUGUUUACAUCUUUUCAUAUUUUUAGUGUAAGGUGAUUUGCCUGAUCCAGAGCUUUGGUCAUAUGAGAUCAUAAAGCAUUUGAUUGCUAAAGUAACAUGAAAAAUGACUAAAGUGAAAGGUAUAGUCAGCACUGAAAUGUCAGCAGCAACAACUGCCCAUGUCACAGCAUCGUUCGUAUGGUUUGACAUACUCUGAAACAUGCCUUUGUGUCUACUCUUCUGUUUUUACAAAGUGAUGAAAGUCCCGAACACAAAUACUGAAUUCACUGAUAAAACAGGAUAUCAGCACAAAUAAUGAAUUAUUUGAUCCAUGGUCAUUUCUUGCAAUUAAACACAUGCAUCGGUUUCUGUUUUAUAAUACAAGCUUCUUAUGCACUCAUGAUUUUACAUCACAGAGCCAAAUUUUUUCACCUUGUGACUUCUUAAACUUGAGAUUAUUGUACACUUUAUAGCUACAGCUUUACUCUGUGAUUAACAGUAACAGAUUAAGUAACAGACUUUCAGUUAAACUUAUGUAAGACAAACAAGGCAUGCGUGGAUACAUGACAGUUUAGUAGCAGAAUAAAGGCAAGCUGUGGGUA